UUUGAAAUUUGUUUUACUGGGAGCUGUACAUUGGGUCUCCAUAAUCUCAAUCAUCCCUUCUUUUUACUCUGUUCCCAAGAAAGACUCAUUCUUUCUAGUUCUAGACAAGAAUUCUGCCCGCCCAGACCCCCUCCUCCGCUCACACCCGUCCCCAUCCCCAUCCCGCUCUCGUCAACUAUAUCAAUCCCCACAACGCCGGCCUCCUCUUAGUAGGGAAAGAGAGAUGGAACAGUGAUGCCAUGGAGGCUUCUGCAGAGUACAGCAUAUGGGAUAGUGUUUUGGAGCUAACCAAGGUGGCUCAAGGAAAGGGAUAUGACCCUUCGGUGUGGGCAAUUCACGUUUCUUCACGUUUGAGCUCAGCUGGGGAGACCUUGCCCUCUAUUCAGCUGGGCCAUCUCUUGGUGUCUCACAUUUGCUGGGGCAAUAAUGUGCCCUCUGCCUGGAAGUUCUUGGAGAAGGCCAUGUCUCUCAAUCUUGUGCAUCCUAUCCUUCUCUUUCCGCUGCUUUCGAAUAGAGUUAUCCCUAAUCGUCACUUGCGGCCUCCAGCCUUCAGGAUUUACAUGGAACUUCUGAAAAGAUAUUUAUUCACACUUAAGUUGCAUCUAAACAUGCCAAACAAUCAAAUGGUCAUGGAUUUCUUGGACUCUGUUCUCCCUUUCUCUAAGAUAUUUGGUAGACAUUCUGAGGAGCACGGCAUUCUUAUAGUUGAAGUCAUUUUUGCAAUUGUUUUUCAACUACUUGAUGCAUCACUGGAUGAUGAAGGGUUGCUUCAACUUACUCCAGAGAAGAAGUCUAUAUGGCUAAAUAAACAUGAAGAUAUGGAUUUAGAUGGAUAUAAUAGCAGUGAUGUGGAGAAGUUUGAGCAUAAAGAGCAACUAAAAAGUAUGAACACUGUCAUGUCUAUCGAGUUGAUUGGGCAAUUCCUACGAAACAAAGCAACUUCGAGGAUUCUUCACUUGGCUCGCCAAAACAUGCCCAUACAAUGGGGAGAUUUUAUCCAACAUAUGGAGCUGCUUAUUGUGAAUUCUUUGGCAUUGCGAAAUUCAAAAUAUCUUACUCCAGAUGCUCUUCUUCAGUUGACAUCAGGUGCUCACAAUUUAAUGUCCAGGGACCUUAGAACAAAUUCUUGGAGAAAGUCUCGUGGUUCUACAGAUUCAAAUUCUUUGGCUACAUGUGCUGGUCUUUUCAUUGGAACUAGUUGCUCUUCUUGUUGGCUACCUCUUGAUCUGGUAUUAGAAGAUGCCAUUGAUGGUUUUCAAGUUAGUGCCACUAGUGCCAUUGAGAUUAUAACUAGUUUAGUGAAGUCCCUACGUGCAAUAAGUUGUGCCAGUUGGCAUGAGACGUUCUUGGGACUUUGGAUGGCAGUGCUGCGAUUUGUUCAAAGGGAGAGGGAUCCUAUUGAAGGACCCGUGCCCCACCUAGAUACCCGCUUGUGCAUAUUAUUCUCUAUCACAACACUAGUGAUAGCUGAUAUCAUUGAGGAAGAGGAAUGUGAGGAACCUAGUGGGACUGAGCACAGCAUGGAUGGAAGCUUUGGGAAAAAGGCUAGUAGACAAUGCCGUAAGGAUUUUGUCUCUAGUCUACAAACGCUUGCUGGCUAUCAGAGCUUGCUAGCCCCACCUGAGGCAGUACUGUCUGCAGCCAACCAGGCAGCUGCAAAAGCAAUGGUGCUUGUAUCAGGCUUCAGCAUUGGCAGUGCAUAUUUUGAGUGCAUCAACCUUAAAGAUAUGCCUAUUGAUUGCUCUGGAAGCUUGUACCAUUUGAUAGUUGAAGCAUGCAUAGCAAGGAAGCUACUGGAUACAUCUGUUUAUUUCUGGCCCGGCUAUGUAAGUGGGAGAAUUAACCAGUUACCACACAGUUUGUCUACUCAAGUACCUGGCUGGUCAUCAUUCAUGAAGGGUUCCCCACUUUCUCCAGCAAUGGUUACUGCUUUAGCUUCAAGCCCUGCUUCAAGCUUUGUUGACCUUGAGAAAAUAUUUGAAAUGGCGGUUAAGGGAUCAGAUGAUGAGAAAAUAGCUGCUGCUACAAUUCUUUGUGGCGCCUCGUUACUUCGUGGUUGGAACAUACAGGAACACACUGUCUACUUUAUAACUAGGCUGUUGUCUCCACCAGUUCCUGCAGAGCAUUCUGGAAAAGAGAGCCACUUGAUUUGUUAUGCACCAAUGCUGAAUAUCCUGCUAGUUGGAAUAGCACCUGUAGACUGUAUCCAAAUAUUCUCUCUUCAUGGCAUGGUUCCACAACUUGCUGGUUCUUUGAUGACAAUCUGCGAAAUGUUUGGAUCGUGUAUUCCUAAUGUCUCAUGGACACUGCCUGUAGGAGAGAAAGUCACAGCUCAUUCUGUAUUUUCGAAUGCGUUUACUGUACUUCUAAAGCUGUGGAGGUUUAACCAUCCACCUAUUGAGUAUGGAGUAGGAGAUGUGCCGCCCAUGAGCUGCCAGUUAACUCCUGAACACCUCUUACUCGUACGUAAUUCUCAUGUAUCAUCAUCUGUGAAUGAUAUAAAGGAACCGCACAGAAGGAGACUUGCAGCCAUUGCAAGUUCUUCCUCUCCAAAUCCGAUAUUCAUGGAGUCAUUUCCUAAACUAAAGCUAUGGUAUAGGCAGCAUCUUGCAUGCAUCGCUUCGACUCUCUCUGGCCUAGUAAAUGGCACCCCUGUCCAUCAGACAGUCGAUGUGCUACUUAACAUGAUGUUUGAAAAAAUUAAUAGGGGAAGCCAAUCUUUGACCACAUUAGCAUCUGGAAGUAGUAGUUCUUCUGGGCCCACAGGUGAUGAUACUCUCCCAAGGCCUAUAUUAUCUGCUUGGGAUAUCCUUGAAGCAGUUCCCUUUGUGGCUGAUGCUGCUUUAACAGCUUGCGCCCAUGGUAAACUUUCUCCUAGGGAACUAUGCACAGGGCUUAAAGAUCUGGCCGAUUUCCUUCCUGCAUCUCUGGCAACCAUAGUCAGUUACUUCUCAGCUGAAGUUACACGUGCCAUUUGGAAACCGGCUUUUAUGAAUGGGAGUGAUUGGCCAAGUCCUGCUGCCAAUCUAUCUAAUGUGGAGGAGCAGAUCAAGAAAAUCUUGGCUGCCACUGGUGUGGAUGUGCCAAGCCUUGCUGCAGGAGGGAGCUCUCCAGCUACACUUCCACUACCGUUGGCUGCUUUUCUCAGUCUAACAAUAACCUAUAAACUGGACAAAUCAUCGCAGCGUUUUCUAAAUCUAGCAGGCCCUGCUUUAGAGUUACUUGCAGCUGGCUGCCCUUGGCCAUGCAUGCCGAUUGUGGCAUCUCUAUGGACCCAAAAAGCCAAACGCUGGAGUGACUUCCUUGUAUUCUCUGCAUCACGCACAGUGUUCCUCCACAAUAAUGAUGCUGUUGUGCAGCUCCUCAAAAGUUGCUUCUCUGCUGCCAUUGGAACAAACUCUUCUUCCUCCCUCUCAACCAAUGGUGGCGUUGGAGCCCUUCUUGGCCAUGGGUUUGGAUCACAUUUUCAUGGAGGAAUCUCUCCUGCUGCCCCGGGCAUCCUGUAUCUGCGAAUCUACAGGUCUCUCAGAGAUAUCAUGUUCUUGAGAGAAGAGAUUGUUUCUGUGUUGAUGCAAUCUGUGACAGACAUAGCUUCUAGAGGUCUUGUCAGAGAGAGGUUUGAAAACGUGAAGAAAGUAAAAAACGGUAUGAGGCAGGGAAACGUUUCUCUAGCCACUGCAAUUAGUAAAGUUAAGAUUGCUGCUUCCCUUGGGGCUUCUUUAACAUCGCUGUCAGGGGGAUUUGGGCUUGUGAAGUCUUUAAUUAAAGAGACAUUGCCAUGUUGGUUUCUAUCUGUUCAUACAUCUGAUCAAUUGGAUUCAGCUGGUAUAGUUCCCAUGCUAAAGGGAUAUGCACUUGCGUACUUCACCAUUCUCUGUGUGGUUUUUGCUUGGGGCAUAGACUCAUCGACUUCUGCUUCAAAGCGCCGUCCAGAAGUUCUGUGCUGUCAUAUGGAAUUCCUUGCAAGUGUUCUAGAUGGAAAAACAUCACUUGGUUGCAAUAAAGCUACAUGGCAUGCCUAUGUGUCAGGAUUUUUGAGCCUGAUGGUCCAUUGUACUCCAACCUGGGUGUCUGAGAUAAAUAUAGAGCUGCUAAAGAGGCUAAGUGUAGAGCUAAGACUAUGGGAUGAGGAAGAGCUUGCCCUUUCUUUGCUUUGUGCUGGCGGGCAACGUUCUAUGGGAUUAGCUGCAGAGUUGAUUAUGGACUCUGCCUCAUAGUGGUUCCUUUUAUCAUGUCCUGUAGAUUUUCCGAUACAAAUUUUUGCCACUACCGAGUUCCACAUUCGGUCCUCUUAUUUCAAAAGCCUCAUUUUUAUGUCACUCCGUUCAUCUGGCCGGCCACAAGUCGACAACCCAUUGGGGGGAAGGCCUUUCAUGUCUAUGUGCGCUUGCCGCUCACCACACAUUUUACUUCUCACCACACGAAUCUCUAGUUAUCUUUUCUGAAAAAAAGGACAACCUCUUAUGUCUGUCACCAUUAUGGCGAGUUGCAAGUGAGUCGCUGUCUGUAUUUUUUUGUUUAUUUCUUACUAAUUAUUCUGUUAAUUUUGGGACAAAAAAGCCCCAAAUGAGAAGCACAAGAGACGGGUAUUUCCGAUGGAUUGGUCACUGGUGUCUGUGGCUGGCCAAAAUGGAUGGGACUGUGUCCAAAAGUUAAAAGUCUGGCACCAUAAAUGAGACUUUCAAAACAAGAGGACCAAAGAUGAGACCAAGUAUAUGGUCGGUGUCUCGUCGACCAAAAGUGGCAAAAAAAUUCUCCGGCGAUUCUAAUAACUCAGUACGUGUGUUAGUGUAUAUGUAGACUUGCGUCCAGAUGGGGAAUUAGUUGCACAUUGAAGCCUCAUAGACUCAUUGUCAAUGAAUGUACAUUUUCUAUUCUUGCUAAUCUUAUUGCUCUUUCCACGCAGUAGUGAAAACAUAAUGCAACAUUCUGAAUGCGUUUUCAAUUACAGGUCGG